UUUUUUUUUUUCUCUCUCUCUCUUUUUUUUUUAAAAAAAAAAAAAAUACAUGAGCUUUGUAAUGGACAGAGCAACAGAAGCCGCUGCCAAUGAUUUAGCAGAAGUUAGAAAAUUAAUCGAAGGCAUGAAUGCUCUUGUCAAUAGCCAACAAGCUCAACAACAAGCACAGCAACAACAAGCUCAACAACAGCAAGCCCAACAACAACAACAAUUGCAAAAGCAACAGAAACAACAACAAGCACAACAGCAGGCCCAACAACAAGCACAACAACAAGCCCAACAGGCCCAACAGCAAGCUCAACAGCAAGCUCAACAACAAGCCCAGCAAGCCCAACAAGCUCAGCAGGCUCAACAACAGCAAGCUCAACAACAGCAACAACAACAACAACAACAGCAACAACAACAACAAAAACAACAACAAUCGACACAAUCUAAUGUGUCAUCAUCUCCUAGAUCUGUGGAAACUUCACAAACCUGGUCCCCACAACCCAAUACACAACCCGAGACGAAUGCAGAGAAUUCACCUGGAUUCAAUGCUAACCAUGCUCAACAGAAUUCGACAACAACAACGACCAGUGCUCCUACAAGUGGAAUUAUUAUCGAAGUAAACCAUUUAAGCUUAACUCGUACAUUAUAUUUCCAAUUAUCUCCUGAUGCUACGAUCGAGCCACUGGUAGCUUGGUUAAAGUUGUCAUUUCAAGAUAAUUCAAUUUCGGGUAUGGUGUUACAAUACAAAGGUUUUGAUGGAUUAUGGAAAUGUCUUUUAAAUAGAGAUGAUUCGUUAAAGAGAGUGUUAAAGCAAAGUCUAAAAAACAACACCAUGUUACAAAUGCGAGUUCCAAGAGAGCAGGAUCUUUUGAGCUCUGGAUAUACCGAUAAACGUCUUUUGGCUCUUACAACAAGACCCUCCACACCCAAUUCAAAUGCAUGUAUAACCACACCUGAAGCUGGUGACAGUACAAAUUAAUUUUUUUGAAUCUAAACCCAGAAAUCUGUUAUAAAUAAAAAAAAAAAAAAAACAAGAAUUACACAUUUUUUUUUUUUUUUUGCCCUUU